CACAGCACCAUCCCCUUUUUUCCUUCUGCCUCAGAGUAAAUAACUCUUUAUUUCUGGUCUGUCAAGUUUGUCACGUUACGUAAAGUCUUGAGGCUGAGAGGACACAAGCUGCUUCAGUUCACUCACUUUCACUUUUGUCCGUGGUACAAGCAAGAGAAUUAACCUGCGAUGUCUCUGAGCGGGGAUGUUUGUGUUGUGACCGGAGCCUGUGGAUUUCUGGGGAAGCGGUUGGUGAGGCUUCUGCUGGAAGAGGAGAAGAUGUCAGAGAUUCGUCUGCUGGAUAAAGAAGUAAAGCCACAACUGUUACAGACUCUGGAAGACUGUCGAGGCGACACAAAGCUGAGUGCUUUCGAGGGGGACAUCAGAGACGGUGAUUUCCUGAGAAAAAGCUGCAGAGGCGCUUCGAUUGUUUUCCACAUCGCGUCCAUCAUCGAUGUGACUAACUCGGUGGAAUACAGCGAGAUAUACGGGGUCAACGUCAGAGGAACUCAGCUGCUCCUGGAGGCAUGCAUUCAAGAGAACGUGUCGUCGGUCAUCUACACCAGCACCAUCGAGGUGAUGGGGCCAAACUCAAAGGGUGAACCAAUCAUCAACGGCACCGAGGACACAGUUUAUGAAUGCAAUCUGAAGUUCGCUUACAGCAAGACCAAAAAGGAGGCUGAGGAGAGAACCCUGCAGGUCCACGACGAGCUGCUCCCAAACGGAGGCCGACUUGCUACCUGCGCCCUCCGACCCAUGUACAUCUAUGGGGAGGGCUGCCGCUUCCUGCUGGGCCACAUGGGCGACGGGAUACGAAACAACAACGUUCUGUAUCGUAUGUCUCUGCCGGAGGCUUUAGUGAAUCCUGUCUAUGUGGGCAACGUGGCUGCGGCUCACCUCCAGGCAGCCCGCAGCCUCAAAGAUCCACAAAAAAGAGAUGUAGUCGGAGGAAAGUUUUACUUCAUUUCAGACGACACGCCUCACAUUUCCUAUUCCGACUUCAACCACAUCGUGAUGUCACCUCUGGGCUUCAGCAUUCAGGAGAAACUGAUGGUGCCGCUCCGCCUCUUCUACCUGUUCUGCUUCCUAAUGGAGGUCGUGUGCAUGAUACUUCAGCCUUUCGUGCGUGUCGCCCCGCCGCUGAGCCGGCAGCUCCUCACCAUGUUGAACACGACGUUCAGCUUCUCCUAUCAGAGGGCUCAGAGAGACCUGGGGUACGCCCCCAGGUUCACCUGGCAGGACGCUCGCAAACGCACCAUUGAAUGGCUUGCUUCACAGCUGCCACAAGAGAGGGAAAAAAUCUCAGCUAAAUAACGAAUGAAAAGUCAUUAACAACUGCAGUAAAAAUUCAUUUUAAUUGACAAGAAGUAUGUUUAUAUAUUUUUGGUGUUUGUCUCUUUACCUUUCCAAGCUACCAUUUUCAACUUGGAUGAGACCCUAAAACGACUCGGGGCUGAUUCGGCCUGGUCCAGAAUGUAGUGCAAAGAUCUUUGUCAGGGUCUCCAUACUAGCAGGAAGAUGUUUUUGAAACUGCUUACUGCUGAACUGAAUGGUGUGCGGACCUUUUCUUUUUUUCGGCAGUUUAUUCCUUUUUUUGCCCUGCACCUGUAUCGAUUUGCUUAGAUGUGUGCACACUCAUCUUUUUUUCUUUGAAUAUGUGCAUAACCAGUAUACUUUAGAGGUUGUGUAUAGCAGUGUGUGUUGUCUUUCUAAUCCAAACAUUGUCCCUUGUGGCUCCAAAAGAAUUGUGACAAAAGCUGCACAAAUCAAUGCAGAAGUGUACUUAUCAAUACUUUGAACUAUCUUUUACCUGUACUUUGUCAUUCAGUCAUCUAUAGUUUAACAUAUCUAACACACUAAACAUGAAGCAAUUAUGUUUUUAAAAAGUGCAAAUUACUGUUCAUGAUUUCUUAAAGAUAUUUUUUUUUGUUUCCACUUCUGAAAUGGAGUUCUGAAAAUGUUUUUUCUUUCUCUGAUAUCACCCGCAGGGGUUGCCAAAGUCACAGAUUACUUCACAUGUAGGGUUACAUUGUAAAUAAUCUGUUUUCAAGGUUAGUACCAUUAAAGUGUUUGUG